AUGAAGCACAAGAGUCAGGAUGACGAUUCGACGCAUCACGUCACGAAAAGAAGAAGGAACGACGCUAAAAAUAAGCGAGAUUCGCUGGAUUCGGCAUCAGUUGACGUAGCAGGAACGAGCAGAAAACAGGCAGGGGCACAGAGCGGUUCGUACAAGCUUUGAUUAAUUCAUUACAAGUUGAUUGUUCAGACGAUUUGGUUAAGAGAGUCUUGGACAAUGCAUGUAAAGACAGAAGCAAGGUAAUCAUAAUUUUUGGACGGCAGUGAUUAUUAUAUUUUCUAGACAAACCUUCAAAAUUGCUUCAACACAAAUCUCCCGUUCGAUGUUCUGAGCAUGGAUUCUCUCAAUGGGCUGAAAAUGCAGGCAAGUUUAUUUUUUGCUGGAUUAAAUAUGAAGGAUUGUCUUAGGUAUGCAUUCAAAGAAGAACUCAACUUUCAGGAAAUCGCCAUGUUGCUGGAGUCGUCGAACCAUAUUUACUCCUACAGGGUUGAUAGGACUUUGCUCGAAACUCGAAACGCUUUGCACGACUUUUCCAAGGGAUCUGUUGAUGAUGGUGAUUCUUAAAUUGAGGACCUUCAACGGAAAACAGUCUUUCAGCUGAGGGAGCUCCUAAAGAAGAAGACGAGGGAGCGUUUGAAAAAAGGAGGAAAAAGAAGCGGAUGGGUUUCGAAAAAAAGAAAAACUUUUCCAUAGAUGAUCGAUUCAGAUAACAUCGCGGAGCAACUGGAUCAAGCUUUGCGGAUGGGAGAGAGCAUGGACGAAGAUGAGGGCGACGUCGAUGAAGACGGUUAGACAAUCUUUUUCCAAAUGGAAUUUCCAAAAUUUUCCAUAAUUAUCUUCAUUUUUCCCUCUCAACGUAUAAAGAAAUAAUUAGUCCCCCAGUCACCAAAAAAAAUUUUUCAGCAAGAACUCUUCGGCUUUUGGCGACUGAUACUCGUAGGAAAGAUCGGGAAGACGCGAAUUUGUUGGACGAAAACAUCGAGAAUAAAGAUUGGAAUCCCAACGACGAUCUGGACGAGAUGAUCAGUCGCCUUGUAAUCUUCCGACAAGAGAAAAAAAGAAGGCCAAGUAUGAAUCGGUGAGUUUUUUUUGGGGGGGUGAGAUAUUUUAAUAAUAUUAUUUUACUGAUAAGAUGUUCGAUAAAAAAACUCCAUGAUGCAAGUUAAAAACAAGCAAAAAAAUUUUUCAUAAUGAUCUUGAGACGAAGAAACAGUUUCUGCGUUAUUUCAGAGCGUUUUUUUAUAAACGCCAAGAGUUCUUCAAAAAGUGGAGUGAGAAAUUUUAAACCGACUAUGAAAUCCAUACAAAGUAUACCACAGAGUUGGAUUUUUUUUUCUUUCUUUCUUCUUUUUUUUUUCUCUUUUUCUUUUCUUUUACUUUCUCCGAUAGAAUUAAUGGAUAAAAAGUGUUUGAUCUGAAAACUUAUGGUUGGAAAGCCGUUCAAAUGUUUUGUAUCUUCAAAGUGAACUCGUUCACUCGUUCCUCGUCAUUUUUUGUAUUUUCCUUCUCCAGUUACAUUUUUAAGAAGACUCUGUUUUCAUAUUCUCAAUGCUAAAGAUGGAUUCAUCUCCAUGUGAAUCAACAAAAAAAUAGCCUUGAAGUUGUCGCCGCACUGCGUGGUGGACGACUCUUCGCUGACGCUGCCGUCGAACGAAGGCGAGACUCUUUCGACCAACUCCUUCUACCAAAAGGUGUGACUCCUUCUGAAUCCUCCCGACGUGACCUGACGUCUUCAGGCGAUCCGCGGCACGGCGUCCGCCGUCCCCAACUUCCCGGUCCUGCAGUACAACGGCGUCUACUCGCCGGACGGACGGGUCUUCUACCUCCACCCAAGAAUCGAAGACGAAGGCGCCGGUCUGGCGCCUGAUCCUUCCGAACUUUCGAAGGAAUUUCUCCAUACUAUGCAUGGUGAGUUAGUGCGACGGGUAUCUUUUUAAAACCGUGAAAUUCUGACUUCAGAAAGAUACAUUAAUUAUUUUAAAUUUUUUUUUCCAUGAGUUUUGCUCUGAUUUCGAGCUUGAUAAGAAGUUUUAGUACUUCUCCAUAUAAAAAAAUCCGAAACAGAAAUUAAACAGGCCUGACGACGCACGCAAUGCAAGAGGAACACAAGAAUGUCAAAGAUUUUCUCAUCCCAAACGUCGUAAAUCGGCCCAGAGUCGGACAGUUCAACAUGCUGCGGCAGCCGUCGUCCAUCGUCACGCCGUCCACUUUUUCCAGCACUACCAAAGGUUUUCAGCUCAAAAAAUGGUAGGAAAUUUUUAAAAAAAGUUGGUUCCCUCGAUGUAUGUCUAAAAAGAGUAUCACAAAAAUAAGUGUUGAUGGCUGCUCAAAACCUGUAUGAUUUAAAAACGAAUGGUAGAAAAAGAGCCAAAAAUUGAGAUUGAAAUUUUAAAAAUAUUUUAGGGAACUCUUCUAAGAGUUAUAGAUAUAAAAUCUUUAUUUUCCUCUUUUUUUAUAUCAAACAGAAAGAAAGGAAAUUCUAAAAAUUUUUAAUAAGUUUUCAGAAAUGUAUGACUUUUGCCUUUUUAAUGAACGUUACUUUGUGUAGAUUCAGCCUUUAAAAAGAAAAAUGAAACAUAAACUUAUCGAAUCAGUACAAAAUAUUAUGAAGAUUUUUUUCUUGAACGAAAACUCAUUCAGAUUUAACUUUUUUUUACAGAAACUUUUCAGAACUGCAAAAAUUUUUUAAUCGUUGUUAGGCGAUAUCUCGAUGACGAUCGCGGACAUGACGGUGGCGGUGCCGGCGCCUCGGACCAACGGGAUCAGCAACGGCGGGAGCAACAACGUGAGCCCCGACAUGGAGUCGACGACGAUGAUCGAGCCAGAAUCGGUCCCCCGGAGACUCAUGUCCGAAGACUCGGUCCUCGGUCCCUACGACGAGAACCAGGCAAUGGAACCUCAAGUCCCGCCUUUCGACCAGGUUUUCUUUUGCGAUGCAAAUUGUGGAUUGUGAAUGUUUGAAUUUCUUGAAGUAAAAUUAGGAAAAGAAUUGCAAAAAGGAGAAUAUUUAGAUUUUGAUGAAAUUUUUUUGAUGUGUUGUCUAGAGCAGUCUGAUUAAAAAAAAUAAGAAAGUUACGAUUUUUACCUCUUAGUCGAUCUAUAAAUUGGUUUAAUGUGUGUUUGUGUGUACAACCCUAUCAAAAUAUUCUGUCGUUUCCAGUGGAAUAAUAUUUGUUCAGAUUCUGAUCGACGACCUUCUCGAAGAUUUUCCCAUUGAUGAUAUCAAGUACCGAAGAGAUACGCUUCGUGUUUUGUUCGAGAAAAAAGUCGAAGAGGCCGAAAAUGUUGGAAUUUCGUCUUGAAAACCUUCAUCUUUCCGUUUAGGGACAAGAAAUCUCGAAUUUGUUCCGCACCGGAUUUUUCUCCGAUGAGUGGACCGAAGAUCUCAGCGAAGUAUUCAGGGAGACGUGCGCCUUGCGUGUAAGUUUCGCACUGUUUUCUAUCAUUUUCGUUUUUAGUUAUAUUUUUCCGGAUGAAAAUUGGUUAGUCAGAGACUGCUAAUUUCUUGAAAGUGUUUAGAAAAAAGGUUAGGGUUUCGAGUCUAUCACGGGAAUAAUUCGAAAAUUUUUUAGGGUAUAUAAUUUCUCUUUGUCAUCAUAUCUUCGUUAAUCGUAUACUUUCAAGCGUUGAAAUUACGUAGAAAAAUAAUUGAAACUGUUUUGAGGUUCAAUAAUUUGUUCAGAAAUUCGAGAGUUCCUAAGACGUAGAUAAAAUUUGAAACAACUUAGCUCCCUUUUUACGAAGUGAUAGAUUUUUUCACUUCAGCAGUGUGAAGAUGAAUGAUUAGAAUAAUCAAAAGACAAAAAUGCUGUAGGAUAACCAGUAACGGAAGUUGUUCCACUAUAAAGAGUGCUUUCUGAACCGGUGUUAUACAAUAAUUUAAGCUAUGAGGAAGGAAUUUAUUAAAUUUUUGAAUCUUUUUCAGGCUUCCUCUGUUGAUCCUUACAUCGAAAUUGCGGAUUUGAUGAUUAAUGCGGAAGUUUUCAAGAUGAACGUUGGCCGAGAGGAUUACAACCGGCUUGAAAGGUUUUCACAAAAAAAACUUUUUUGCCUUUCAAAAAUUCUGGAAAGUUCAAAUCCUUCAGAGAACUGGACAGACUCUCAGAGGAAGAUCCGACCUGUUCGAAAAAACUUCUGACUUUGGGAAGACACGUCCUCAUCCGACCGCCGACCAAUUAUCCGGUGAAUCAAUGCGAAAGAGAAUAAUGAACGGAAAAAAUCUGUUGAAGAAGCUUUAUCCGACGGAUCCGUACUCGGAAACUGAGCAGAACAUGUUCCCCGAGUAUUGUGCCGACGACGAAGAAUUGAACACUCAAAAGUUGGAACUCUGCAAAUGGCUUUCUAUUGAGCAAGUUGUUCAGAACUGUCGAUCCGGUCGCCGACGUCUCCUUGGAUUUGAGCUUGCUCGACGCUCAGAUGGCAGAAGAAGCCCAGGUUUUCAGAAAUCCUAGAUUUGAUAAAUAAUUAGAUGAUUCGGACGUUGAAAUUUUUUUUGUUGUUUUUUGAAGUUUCCUUGAAGCCCUCUGAACUACCAAAAAAAGCGUUUUCGUCGAAUUUUCUUUUUAACAAGAAGAGUGUGCAAUCAAGUUUCCAUUCAUAAUUCAUCAAAAUGUUUCCUGUGAGAUUUUGAGUCUGAAAACAAAAAAAAAACUUGGCAAGAUUUUUCAUUUUCAAAUAUUUUGUCCGAGCGAGGUUUCAAAAAGUUUACUCCUAUUUUUAUCAUUUUUGAAACUGGAAUAGAUUCGAAAUUGUUGCUAAAAAAAGUAUUUUUGUAAAAAAAGGGAAUUUUUUUCAGUAUCUAAAUAGGAUUUACGAUAAAAAAUCUUUACCUAAAAAGUCGAAGUUCAAAAAUUCGAAAAAAAUAGUAUACAUAAUUAUUUUGGGAGUUUCAGAGGACCAAUGCAAUUGAACUAGCCGAAGUGAAUCACAAUGCGAUGGUGGAUGUGGAACGCGACCGACUCGCCAACUUGAUCAUCGACGGUCCUAGGUAAGUAACAGAAUAUAAUGGGUGUACGAAAGAAACUUCAGAAGAAAAAAUCCAUUUUUUCCCGGAAAUUUUCAUGAAUAAACUGUUGAAAAAUAGUCAAAUCAAUUGUCUUUUCAAAAGUCAUUUAUGUUUUUUUAGAGAGGAAUGGUCGAAGUUCAAAGAAGUGUCUUGGCGAAGAGCCGUUUUUGUUUUCAUUUUUAGAUAACAAGAGGUCGAAAAAGAUAGAAAGGAUCAACUAUUCGUGAUUAAAUUGAUUGAUUUCUCCGAGAUUUUUAACACAAAAAAAAUAGUAAAUCAUUUGAUUAGUGAUUUUGACUUGUGAUUUUGAAUAAAAAGUUUUCAAUCAGUGAGAAAACUGAAUCUCUUCAAAAACUCACACGUAUUUUGACUAUUUCUCUUAUUUUUGAAAAACUGAAAUGCAACUCCUUUUCGCAGAUUCUUAAUUCCGUUUCGGUUUGAUAUGUAUAAUUUCAGAAGUUGUAUUCAUUCAGAAAACCUUCGAAUUUCCAGAGCUGAUUCACCGGCGUUGAGCGUUGGCGGGGACGACUUCGGAGGGUUCGAAGAUGAACCGGACAUUUAUGAUCCGGACGCCCCCGUCGCCUUGAGACCCAACGCCGAGAAGGAACUCAUGACCCUGGGAAAAGCUGACGAUUCUCACUGGAAAGGUUUCUUUUUAUCGAGAAAAAAAAAACCAUUUUGUGUCUUUUUCAGGAUCUGAAGUGAUUGCGAAGAAGACCGAAGUGAAGAAGAAGGAGAAAAAAGAGAGGAAGAUGAAGAGAAAAAUCACGAUCGAGGACUUAGCAAAGUUAGUUUUCUACAGGAAUGGGCAAAAAUAAAAAAUAAAAUUAUAUUUAUUUCAAAGACUUUCUUUUUUUACUUCCUUAACUGUAUUGAAAUGAAAUUUGACGUCAAGAACUUUUUUUUAAAUUAGUUUAUAUAUCUGAUUUUGAAGGGUCGCAAGGAAUUUAAAAAGGGUUUAUUUCUUGUGUGCAUUUUCAUCAAAUAGAAAAUCGAUCUCUUAUUUUCAAAGUACAGGAAUAAGGCUCACAAUGACUCUGAAUCGAUAUAAAACAUACAAUUUUCGCUUUCCGCGUUUUUAUCCGAGCUUUGUCGAGUUUGUGGCAAAAUUCAGAACUUUCGACAUCUGAAAGGCUCCAUAAGUCGAAAAAAAAAACGAUGAAAACAGCGAAAAAUUCAUCCAGAAAUAAAUUCGGAAUCUCAAAGUCAGCCAUCUCGAAAAUCUCACGAAGAAUUCUUUUAUCAUCAGGCCUGGUUAACUCUAAAGAGAAAAAAAAUAAUGGUUUAGACAUGAUUCUCGAGAAGUUGGAUUGAAGUUGUUCUGAAUUGCCGUUUUCAGCUACUUCACUCCGACGAACGUCGAAGAUCGCGUCGAACUGACCGCCAAAGGCCGCUGCUCCAAGCCUUUCAAGUCCUAUAUGAUCAGCGAGGACCAGAUUUACAUGCACGAGACUCCGUCCGAAAAGAAGCCCCACAUCGUCUUCGAGUUCCAGAAUCUCGGCAGAUCUUCCCUUUUUUCUUCGGUUUGUUUGUGGAAUGAUGAAACAUCCGAAAUAUUUCGAUAAAGAAGAAAGUUCGAUUUAUUCUUUUCUAGUUGAUAAUAAUGUAUACCCAGAUCUGUUUAAAAUUCACGAAAUAAUUUUUUUUUACCAUAAGUGAAACCAGGAAAAUAAAUUUAGCAUCCAUGAAGUCUAGAGAAAAAGUUCGAGAGAUAUUGAUUAUGAUAUAUCAUCCAAGGAGUUGUUGAGUUUCAGGUGGAUUUGUAUACGGAAAUUUAUCAGAAGAAUUCUUGUUUCAAAUUUCAAUUGGUAUAGUGAAAAAUGCAUUCAAAAAUUACUUUGAAAAAAUCUGUUUUUGUAUUUUACCCGGAGCUUCAGAUGAAAUACGGGCGGGUGAGAAUCGAGAACACUUCUACUGAUCGAAAGGCCAACAGCAGCAAGAAUCGCGACGACGACAUCUUUGUAGAAGACGUCCGCGGCGUCGGCGAGAACGCCUGUCUCGAUUGGCUCCUCUCCUUCGGCGGCUACAAAUGCUACUUCCACGAGUUUACAUUAUUAUUUGAAACUAAAGAUGAAGACGUGUUUGCAGAGACGAACAACAAGCCGCCGAGCAAGAGCCUGAGCCUGAGCUUGUGCACGAGCACGAGCCGGAGACGGCGGCGGAUGAUUGGGAGCCUGAGCCUUCUCAUGGAAAAACGAAACAUGUUCGAUGAAAGUCUGGAUGAGUUCCAUGCAACCGGCAACGACGACGACAUCGUUGUGCGUGUUCCUAUUUUUUUAUUUUUUUGAAAAAAAUUAGAAGAAACUCCUUUUUAUACUCUUUUUUUCUCGAAUAAGCGAUCGGAAGCAAAAAAACGAAUUAGUUCGUUUUUAACGAAUUAGUUCGUUUUACUUGAGAUCUCUCGGCCAUUUAUAACAAGGUUCAAAAACGGAAUUUGAAAAAGAAUUAAUUAAGUUUGUUUGAAAUCUGAGUUGUGAGAGAACGAGUCCAUUUAAUAGGGCUCUAAUAAAAAUGAGCUCAGUUUUUUUCCCCGAUCUUACAAGAAUUUGAAGUACUUUGAACUUUUUAAAUCUUCGUUCUGUAUUGCUUUUUGAGUUGACCUAUUUAGACAAAGCUAUGACUUUUUAAUAACAUCUAGUUUUGACAAUAAAAAAUAUUACAAGGAAGGUCAUCAAAAUAGGAAUUUUCAGGUAGGCGAAGACGGAAAAACGAUGGAUCAAGUCCGACAAGAAGUCAUGAGUCGACUGACGUUGCCUCAUCGGGUUCGACCUCACCAUUCCAGAUUUCAAUCAUUCUCAACAAUUUCAAGGAACAAUACAAGAAGAUCAUCGAGGAAGCGAAAAUAAUCAAGCAAAGGAUGCGCUGGAUCCAUGAGAACGUCGGCAACACCGACGACGAGUCGGACGACGAAACGACUGAGGUGAUCAGACCCUACAUUUGACAAAAAAAAAGGUCGUCUCGAAAGAACGAAAUUGAAGAAAACCGCCUAAAAAAAUUGAUAUAGUUUCCUUUUUAAUUUCUGAGUCUCAAGAUUUCAAUUCAUGAAUCAAAUGAUGUUUAACCCAAUUUUGUAAACCUUCAAUUUUUCGAGUAAAAUGAUAUUUUUAAAAAAGCCUAGUGAGUAAAAAGAGGCUUCGAGAAUGACAAAGUUAUGACCGGUUCGAAAUAAAUUCAAUUUCCGUUCAUUUGUAAGCAGAUCUGAUACAAAUGGUCUUCAGAUAAUGGGAAUGCGAAGGAAAUUGACCGUGCGGAAUCUCGACGCCGCCAAACACAAGAAAUGCAUCGCCGAAGUGCUCACCAAUCCUGUGGUUCGUUUUGUUUUCAAACUUCAUCUCAAAAACAAACAAUUUUGAAGCUUUCCAUGCGGAACAUUGAGAAGAUCCUCACUGCAGUGAACGGCGAAGCUUUGGAAGAAAUUUCCCCAGAAGGCGAUACAAUCAGUUGGUUUAGGAGCGGAAUGUCUGAGUUGAUCCCUGUUUUUAGGUCCUUCGAAAAAAACUAGAGGACUGAGUACCGUCUUCCACACAAUUCCUGAAAGAGGAAGCCUUGAAGGUUCGUUUUUUUUUCUGAAUUUGAAUAAAAACAUCUGUGCUGUAAAAAAUGGAGUUUGAGAUAAAUCUGCCAUUUUGUUGAGAUCUUAUCGCGUGUCGAACGGUGUACUUGAAAAAAUUCAGAGGUUUUUAGUUUUGGAGAGAAAAGUUUUUGAAUUCCCGCCAUACGCGCGUUUUGCAGUAAAGUUGUUCUAUGGACAACACAUGAUUUUAUAAGUGGACCGUUCUAUUCGCAAAAAAGCUUUACAGAGUCCCUGAUUGCACCGAAAACACCGUUUUUGCUGCCCAUAUCUCUUUUUUUAGAAAAAAAAUUUUCGAAGUGGUAUAACCUUAACUUAAAUUAAAUUUUUUUGAAAUUUUUUUCUGGAAAAAAUUCUAAACCUUUUUCCUUUUCAGAAGUCAAUCGUAUGUUCGUUUCUCUGUUGGAUGCUCCGGAAUACAGCGAAGACGCGUUUGUAAUGAAGACGAACGAUCCGAUCAAGGCCAACGACGCCGACCCUCUCAAGGAUCCGAAGAAGCGGAUCCACGUCGCCGGUGAGUCCAAGUCUUCUGAAGAUCUUUCAAUGUACUGAGAAAAAGAAAAAAAAAAGCUCUGCAAAAUCGCUCAUUUAGUCAUCCUGAUGUUAUACUUCGUCAGUUAUAGUAUCCGCUAGGCUUAGUCAUUCCACAUGCGACCUUCGUCUUUCAAGUUACAGAAAACUAACAUAAGUAGAAAGAAAAUUGGGCACGGUAAAAAGUUCGAAGGUUUCACAAGUUUUCGAACUAUUCUAUUCAAGGUUUUGAGUCGUUUCUAAGUUAAAAAUCAGUCAAUUAGGUUAAGGGACAUAUGAAAAAAGCAAGAAAAUUGUUAAAUUUUCUUUUCAUUGUUAAAUUUUCUUUUAAACUAUUGUGAUUUUAAAUUUUCUAGUUUUAACUGAUUUGGUGUUGAGUCGUAAAAAUCAUGUGUUCUUCUCUCGGAGCAUAAUUGAGAAAGAAGGCGGAGAAAGAAUUCCGACAAAAUACUUUGGAAAGUAAAAUUUGUCUUGAAAAUGAUUCUUCCAGGGCUUCAUACGUUCAAGUCAGCGCUUCUGUGUGUCCCUCAUCGAAUGAAAGAGAAAGUCGAGCCCUCCUCCAUGCUAAACUUCUCGCUCCAUGUCGCCAACGAAAACGUUUGAUUUCUCCAUCAUCACGAAGCUAAAAGUCUGAUUUCAGAGCUUGAGAUUGGUCCAAGACCAAUCGAAGAUCAACUGGAUGACCGACUUCAUGGUUCUGAACGACGGGGAUCCGAUUCCGGACGACGUCGACUACGGAGAGACGGAUGUGCCUGAAGAAGUCAAGGAUAUUUGGUCAGACCUUUGUUUUUUUCUCUUGAAUUGAAGAAAAAAAGUUGAGAUUUUAUCCCCAAAAAAAUAUUUUUAUUUAUUUUCUCAAUUUUUUUGAAAAAAACAUCAAACAUUUUUCAUAAUUCUUUUUUUAUGGAAAAAAAAAAAAUUCAAGGAGUCCGAGAAACUAGAGAAGCCGGAUAGUCAUCAUCAUCGUUUUUGAAUUGAUCUUCCUAAUAUCCAUGAAAUCGUUAAAAAAUUGAGAAAAAUGAAAUUAACGAAGUUUCAAAAAAGAGUUACAUCCGUGGUCAUCCGUGGUCAACUUUAUUAAUUAUUUUUUUCAAAAAAAGUUAUUCUGUUGUGCAGGAAUGAGACUCAUGAUCCGUUUGCGAAACUGAUCGACCCUGAAGAGUUGCAAGCUCUGGAAAAGGCGAACGCUCGAGCUGGUCCGAGCACCUCCUACGACGCUCCUAGAGCUGCUCCAGUUCCUCACCGUCGUCGGCUCUUCGUCGACAACGGCGGCAGGUUCGAGGCCGUCGUCGAAGAAAACGAGCAAGAGCCUUAG